AUGCCACCGGUGGCAGCCCCACACCACUGGGGGUGCACCCCAAGCCAACAGGCGUUCGCAGUCUCUCGCCCUCACAAUACUCCUCCUCCGCCAGGCCUAGAGAUCCCAGAAGUGCCUGAGCCCAGUGCUGCCAACUUACGAUUUGGCGUAGGCAGUUUCGGGCACCCGCACUUUUGCACCAGACCAUGCGUGCACAUCUCCAAGGGUGGAGAGUGCCCAUCGGGAGCGGAAUGCACUUACUGCCAUUUCCCACACCGUGCGGUUUGCAAGCCAGACGGGCAGCUACGCCGGCGUCUCUGGGAUGCAAGCGACCAGGAACUUCUCGCGACCUUCCUGCCCUUCAUCUUCAAGAAGGCAGCGAUGGAAGGCCUCGUUCCCCGCGUCGCCUGCUUGCUCCAGCUCCUCAAGGCGGAAAUCGGCGAACCGCAAUCCGAACCCCUCCCCCUCGGGAGGUUUCGGCCGAUGAGGAUGUCAUUCAUGCAUCUGGUUGAGAGCUGCAUGCGCCGGCUUCCCCCCCAUGUCCGAGCCGAAGUAAAUCGCAUCAAGUCGGAGCUCCCACCUCCUGUUGUCACGCAUGGCGGAGCGGGACCAUCUCUCAUGCUGUAG